AUGGCACCCAUAGCCAGCGAACCCCGCCAAGUCCGGGUAGUCCUCGACCUCCCCAAGCGCAAGGCUCUCUACACACUCGUCGUCGAAAUAACAGAUUGGAUGCGAUCCCAGCUCAUCCUCAAGAACCCCAACCAGCAGAACCAAGCCAACAACAACGCCUCUCGGGAACCCAACACCUCCGGUGGCGGCCCAUCGUCAUCAUCAUCAUCAUCCCUCAUCGAUGAUCUGGACCAUGAUGGUCCCCCCUUACCUACCCGACCCAGCCCCGGCGGCACCGGCGGCACCGGCGGCGGUCCUCGCUCAAAUCCCAACUAUAGCAGUGGUGGUAGUGAUAGAAUCGCCCCCCUCCGGCACGCCACCCUAUCCCACUUCGACACCUGGCGCUCCUCCCUCCUCCAAUCCCUUAAAGACCUCCUGACUCCCGCCGACGACACCAAAGAGAUCGACGCCCGGCGGCAGCGCUCUGAACGACUCGCCCAACUAAAGCUAGAGUCCCCGGCGCCUGGAGAGAACUUGAUUGAUUCCGGCGACUUACUCGGUCCCCGACAGAAGAAGGAGGUAGCGGCGUUGCAGGGACGGUAUCACGCUAUUCCUACCCCCCGGCUACUACUGACCGUGAUGAGUCAGGAGGAUAGGGAGGAAGUGGUGGUUUGUCUCUUGCUGCUGCUUCUUUCGGGGGGCAAGUAUGUGGCGGAGUCACGGACGUUUUUGGUUUACCUGUGCUCUGCUCUGGAGUUGCCGUUGGCGGUUUUGAACGAGCAAGAAGCGGAGGUGGCUACUUUCCUUGUUGAGUCCUCCAAAUCUCCCGAAGCGCAGCAACAAAUGUCAGCAGCUAAAGAAGCCGAAGAGCGCAAAAAGGCCAAUCAGACCAGCCGACUGUGGAAAGUUGGCCUGGCUUCCGUUGCAGGAGCAGCGAUUAUUGGAGUUACGGGAGGACUGGCGGCGCCGGCGGUGGCGGGGGUGCUUGGCGGGUUGAUGGGCAGUGUCGGGUUGGGAGGCGUGGCGAGUUUCUUGGGUGUGUUUUGGAUGAAUGGUGCGCUUGUGGGAACGCUUUUUGGGGCGUUGGGGGCGCAGAUGACGGGGGAGAUUGUGGAUCAGUACGCGAGGGAAGUCGAAGACUUUGCCUUUCUGCCGUUGUCUGGGUCUGGGGCGAACCAGGGAGAGAGGUUGAGACUAACGAUUGGGAUCAACGGGUGGUUGACCGAGUCACUUUCUUCGCUGACUGCUCCCUGGUCGGCGCUGGACGCUAGGUCGUCGAACCUGUUUGCUUUGCGGUAUGAAGUCGCGGCCAUGUUGAAUCUGGGAAACGCUUUGAGCGCCAUGGUCACGAGCGCGGCGUGGACGUAUAUCAAGGUCGAGCUGCUGAAACGCACGGUUUUGGCGACGCUGUGGUCAGCUUUAUGGCCGAUUUCGUUGCUGUCGAUGGCGUCGGCGCUGGAUAACCCGUUUUCUCUUGCUAAAAACAGGUCGGAGAAGGCGGGCAAGAUUCUGGCGGAUGCGCUGAUUAACAGAGUCCAGGGCGAACGGCCGGUGACGCUGAUCGGGUAUUCCCUGGGCGCAAGGGUUAUUUACUCGUGCUUGCGCACGCUGGCGGAGCGCAGGGCGUUUGGACUUGUCGAUGAGGUCAUCCUCAUCGGUGCACCGGUGCCGAGCGAUAGGGAUGCGUGGGAGAUGAUGAGGAGUGUGGUUAGUGGCAAGCUGUGGAACGUCUGCUCGGGCAACGAUUACCUCCUGGCCUUCAUAUACCGGACUAGUUCCAUUCAGCUGGGUGUGGCGGGGCUGCAGGAGAUCAAGGGUAUUGAGGGUGUUGAGAAUCUCGACUUGACGGGGACGGUCAAGGGACAUGUGCGCUACCCGGACAUCUUGGGUAAGAUUUUGGACAAGUGUGGUGUCGAGAUUAAGGAAGGAUUUGGAGGUGAGAUUGAAGUUGAGCAGGAUCUCACGAGGGAGGAGGAGAUUGUGUUGGCGGAUAUGGAGGCACAAGGAAAGAUUCCUGCGGUGUCAAGGGGGGACAAGGAAGCUUGA